AUGUCAUUACCGCAAUGGUGUCCACCGUACUCAAGUUUAAAAAAAAAUCCUACUACAGGAGAGGACGUAUACUGCAUAUGUAAAAAGCCGGAUUAUGGGGAACUAAUGGUGGGGUGUGAUGGUUGCGAUGAAUGGUUUCAUUUCGCUUGCCUUCAUAUUCCUGACCAAUUUAAGGAUCUAGUAUUUUCUUUUUUUUGUCCCUACUGUCAAGCAGGGAUUACUGGCAAAAACAAGGAUGCCAUAAUAAAUGGUGAAAUGAGUUUGCCAAAAACCUUAUGGAAGAAAAAAUGUAGAAUAAGCGAUUGCUAUAAACCGUGUUCACAGGAUAGUAAAUACUGCUCGGAGGAACAUGGUAGAGAGUUUGUGAAUGACAUUUGGACACGACUGAAAACUGAUGAGGAUAGAGCAGUAAUCAAGGAAAUGGUCGAACAAACAGGACAUAUAGAUAAAUUCAAGAUGUUUGGACAACUUGAUUUUAUUAAUAACAAUGUAGCUAUAAAAACUGAUGAUGAGAGGGAAAUUUUUGAUCAAAUUGUAGUACGAGACACGACGCUGAAGUCACUUGAAAAUGAUCUUCGAGAGAUUCAAGAGAUAACAUUACCAUCAUUCAAGAAAAAGUUGGAACUUUUAGAAGUGUAUUUGGGUUGGUUAGACAACGUAUAUGAUAAAAUUCGCAAGUUGAGCGAUGAUGUUGCAAGCAGCGUGGAAGGCGGUAAAAUGGAUAUUAAAGGGACAAAAAAGAAGAAGAAGAACUGUGGUAAGAAUAGAACGAGGAGAAAUAUAUGUGGCUAUUGUUCUACAUACGAAAGAUUGCCUUGCACCGUAGAAGAGUUUGUUAAGGAGAUGCGGGAAAAUGAGGAGACUACUACAGUUUAUGGGGUAUGCACAAAAUGGAAAUGUAACAGGCAUUUAGACUGGGUAUCCACUAACCAGGAACUAUACCUUCAGCAGAUCGACUCGUUGGAAUCUAUGCAAGAAAGACUGCAUCAUCUAAUACAGGCAAGGAAAAAGCAACUCAAUAUCCAAUAUUAUGAACAACUUUUAAGAAAUGGCUCAUAG